CCUUUUUGCGUGGUCCACCAGCCCCUGCCGCAGGCCUACGGGCGCCCUGCGGCUCCCGCCCCGCGCUCCUGCUGGGGGCCGGCAUCCCCUUCGAGGUCUGCUCCCGUAUCCGUCCCCGCAGGCGGCUCCACCACGCCGACCAACGCGGGCGCGGAGACCAUCGCGCCAGCCGUGGGGGCCGUGCGGCUGGUCGGACGGACGAACGGCGGUGCCGAGCAGCGUUUCCCGCCGCGCCGGAGGAGGACGACAAGGAGGAGAGCGAGGAGGAGGGCGCGGAGAAGGGGGACCAGGGGGGCGAUGAGGCGACGAGGGGAG